AUGUAUUUGUUUCGUAAAGCUUUCAGGGUAUUUGAAUAUAGCGGCGUGGAAACUAUUUUAGCACUUGAAAAUGAAAACGUCGCGAUACAGUGUAAUACGAAUUUACCAAUGUCUUAUUGUGGAUUUCUUCAUCCAAGCGGCAGAAGAUAUUCUUUUACAGACUUAGCAGCAAGUAAUGGGAACUGUAUUAUUAAAAUAAAUGCAACUAAAGCCGACGUCGGAGUAUGGAAAUGUUAUAUCGGCAUGAAAGCAACGCGUGUUGAGAUGAUGAAGGUGAUUGAACUAAGAGUGGUGGAUAACGUGGCGGCGGUGCAAGAUAAUGUUACGGCAAUGCAUGGAAAGACUGUAACUUUAGCCUGUGCGACUACAAAAGGCUUGGUGCCGCUAAGUUACUGCCGAUUCGAGCCGCCUAAUACCAGUCCGUUCAGCAUUGAUUCAACUGUCAGUGUUUCUAAUCCAAUUUUAAAUAGAUAUUAUUUCCCGCCAAAUAAAAGUUUAGACCGCGGUGAUUGCGCUGUUACUAUACGUAAAGUCAAAUAUGAAGAUGUGGGAAUCUGGACCUGCGGAGCAGCUUUGGAUGACGGCAAGGAAUAUAUUGAUCGGAUUAAACUCGAAGUUAAAGGACUCAUGUCUACUGCUUCUGUUACCGGUGUAACUGUGGGCGCGGUUCUGAUCGUGGUGACACUUUGCAUACUUGGAUAUUUCGCAUGGAAGAGGCGAUGGUUUCUUGGUAGCCACCGACAAGAGGAAGAGGAGGUAAUCGAGGUGCAGGAGUUGGGUCAACAGAGAAUCCCACAAAAUUCACCCCAUGGAUCGCCGCAAGUGAGAAGAGCUGUGAUUGUACCCAGUGUAGUAAUUCAGUCACCAUCCGAGCCUAGCAACUCACCAACUACCUCUACAUAA